AUGGAGAACACAGACAAUUGCCAGCUCCAGGCUGGGCUUCUGUUGCUACGACUUCCCAUUUGUGCAAUUAGUCCUACCCAGUGGGCUGGGAUACGCCUGUCAUUAGUGUCUGGCAAAUAUCCCUCAGUUAAGAAGCAGCAACUGCAGUGUCCCUCAGAAAAGGCUCUGGACUCCAUCAAGAGAUCACUCAUAAAGCUAGAGCUCCAUGUGGUACAGCUGGAGCAGGAUCACUUUCAAGGGAGCACAGACUACACCCAAGUUCUCCAUGUGGGUUAUGCCUCAAAGAAUAACAGGACGGAUCCAAGCGACCGAAAUAAAGAGGGAACCCCAGUUUCUCAGCAACUAGUAAGAGCUAACCGUUUUUUUUUUAAUGAGCAACUAGGGAAUAACACUCCACAAAGCAAGCCAUGGCCCCCUCUCUGUGAACCAUCCGUCUGUGGAUUCCGAAGCCAGGUCCCGCUAGCGUACCACUCGGCAGGGGGUUCCCCUGUCCCUCCCACAGCCUCUGUGGGCGGGAUGUUACAGCGGCCUUGGGUCCCGGGGUGCCGGGAGGAGACGCCCGCCCUGCCCGCUUGCCUUCGGAGCCGCCCCCUCCCGCCGCCGGAGAACAAACGGGAUAUUCAACCUGUUUUCACAUGUGGCGGCAUUCUCACUGGAGAGUCUGGAUUUAUUGGCAGUGAAGGUUUUCCUGGAGUGUACCCUCCAAAUAGCAAAUGUACUUGGAAAAUCACAGUUCCCGAGGGAAAAGUAGUAGUUCUUAAUUUCCGAUUUAUAGAUCUUGAGAGUGACAACCUGUGCCGCUAUGACUUUGUGGAUGUGUACAAUGGUCACGCCAAUGGCCAGCGUAUUGGGCGCUUCUGUGGCACGUUCCGGCCUGGAGCCCUUGUGUCCAGUGGUAACAAGAUGAUGGUGCAGAUGAUUUCCGAUGCCAACACAGCUGGGAAUGGCUUCAUGGCCAUGUUCUCUGCUGCUGAACCAAAUGAAAGAGGGGAUCAGUAUUGUGGAGGACGCCUCGAAAGACCUUCUGGCUCUUUUAAAACCCCCAACUGGCCUGACCGGGAUUACCCUGCAGGAGUCACUUGUGUGUGGCAUAUUGUAGCCCCAAAGAAUCAGCUUAUAGAAUUAAAAUUUGAGAAGUUCGAUGUCGAACGUGAUAACUACUGCCGAUACGAUUUUGUGGCUGUGUUUAAUGGUGGGGAAGUCAACGACGCUAAGAGAAUUGGAAAGUAUUGUGGUGAUAGUCCACCUGCGCCAAUUAUAUCUGAGAGAAAUGAACUUCUCAUUCAGUUUUUAUCAGACUUAAGUUUAACUGCAGAUGGAUUUAUUGGUCACUACAAAUUCAGGCCAAAAAAAUUGCCUACAACUACAGCACCACCUGUUACCACCACAUUCCCUGUAACUACGGGUUUAAAACCCACUGUGGCCCUGUGUCAACAGAAGUGUAGACGGACGGGGACUCUGGAGAGCAAUUACUGUUCAAGUAACUUUGUACUGGCUGGCACUGUUAUCACAACUGUCACCCGGGGUGGAAGUUUGCAUGCCACAGUCUCCAUCAUCAACAUCUAUAAAGAGGGAAAUCUGGCAAUUCAGCAGGCUGGCAAGAACAUGAGUGCCAAGGUCAUCGUGGUCUGCAAGCAGUGCCCUCUCCUCAGAAGAGGUCUAAACUACAUUAUUAUGGGCCAAGUGGGUGAAGAUGGGCGAGGCAAAAUCAUGCCAAACAGCUUUAUCAUGAUGUUCAAGACCAAGAAUCAGAAGCUCCUGGAUGCCUUGAAAAACAAGCAAUGUUAACAGUGAACUGUGUCAAUUUAAGCUGCAUUCUAUCAUUGCCUUUGAAAGAUCUGUAUUUUCCUCAGUAGAAAAAAAAAAUCUUACUUAAACAUUGAGCAUUCAGAAAGAUUUACUCUUCACAUGAUGUAGGUCUGAGACCUCCAGUAUCGCUGAUGGAAGUUCGGUGCCUGCACAGGGAGGAGCAGAUACGUGAUUGGAAACCUGCAGACUUAGCGGUGAUAGGAACUGAAUGUAUCAAGCGUUGGCAGUUUGGAGGCAGUUUAUUUAUACAUCUCUGUAAAAGGAUAUUUUAGAAAUGAGUUGUGUGAAGAUGUAAAAAAGAUUUUAUAAGUGCAAUAUUUAUAGUGAUAUUUGUUUUACCUUCAAGCAUUUGCUCUGAGGUGUUAUAUUCUCGCAUUUUUUAAAUCCGUGCUUAAUAAAAUAUUUUAAAUGAUUAUAUCACA